UCACUUUUAUCUUGUAUUCGCAGUAUAAGAAAAUUUCUACUCCCUGCUGUAGAUCUGCCGUUCCAAGCCCACCAUAAUUAUUUUUAUUUGGUAGUUUUGAAGCCAUUUUCUGAGGUCAGGGAGAAAAUGUUUUGAACUUCCCAGUGUCAUUAUUUUGUUUGCAUUGAAUUUAAAGAAGCUAAACGUCAGUUGAGCAGUGAGGUAUAACAGUUUAGAAGCGAAAAAAUGGCAAGAUGCGCAGGUUGCAAGAGGCACCGGAAAAAAUGUUCAGAGCGUUGUGUGCUGGCUCCGCAUUUUCCAUCCACUGAUCCUCACAAAUUUGAAAUAGUCCAUCGAGUUUUUGGAACCCGGCAUAUACUUAAAACGCUUCAGGGUAUGGAGGCUGACCAAAGAAUAGAUGCAGUAAAUAGCAUGGUGUAUGAAGCGAGUAUUAGGCUGAAGGACCCCGUGCAUGGCUGUGCAACCCAAGUUCAGCAACUACAGAAGCAAAUAGUGGAGCUGAAGUCCCAGUUGGCAGCCACACAAGCAGAGGUAGUAAAGAAAAGCUUGGAGAAAGAUGAGCUUCUAGCCCUCCUCAUAGGUGGGUAUCAAAAUGAUGGUGAGCAUGUUUUCUGUGAGGUGCAAACAACUGAUAAUUUGACAGUGGAUGAUGUGGAGGAGCUAUGGAAACCACUUUGGGAGGAAUAAAUGUAACCACUAGCAGGAAUUAAUGGAAAAUAUUUCUGUUUUGUGUUGAUCAGAGAGAGAUUGUCUUCUAUAUAGUACCUAGAUUAGAAAAAUAAUUCAUCGCUAAUGAUUCAUCAAUGUCUCAUUUUGUCAUGCCUCUGAAAUAUUCUCUGUUGCUUGUACUCCCAGUUUAGACCUUUAUAAAAAUCUUGCCGUUCACAUGUACUGGUUCCUAAUUUUAUUGUGGCUAUUGUGCCCUCUUUUUCUUAUAUUACCAGAAGCAUGUUAAUGGAAUUGAGAAGUGACUGUUCA